UUUGAUUCGCUACUAUAAGGUACGUACCGCGAUACGAUUAGAUACCGACCAUGGGCUCAACCAUGAGUGGCGCAAUGCGAUGAAAACUCGACCAGUUCCUAUCUUCAGGAGCAAAAGAAUCAAUUAAUAUUUUGUGCUGGAAGACGGAGAUCCUCUAGUCAACCGAUAGCAGGCACCGUGGUAAGAUCUCAAGAAGAACCCGUCAGGAGGUUGAGUUAAAAACAAGUGUGCCGUUUGUUGUGCUAGAAACAAGUGAUUUUGAUACAAAUUUGUAUGUAAUAAAAUCUGUUGGUAAUUGAUUUAUUUUUAAUGCAGAGAUAGUGACAAACUAUCUAUACCGUUGAAAUUUGUUUUUCUAUGAAAACGGACGAAUUUGACAAACUUCCGCGGAAGCAACAGAUCGUGUAGUGCAGAACUGAUUACCUUUAAUUAAUUUGACCCGAGUUGCUGCACUUGCCAAGAACGAGAUGUCGCGGACAUCUAGCGAUACCCAAUUGGACAAGGUGAACCUGAAUACACAAAUCUACAAUAUUCAUGGUUUGGCGAACUCUCAAGCAUCACUAGGUAUUUCAGUCAAACAUAAAGACUUACCUGGCUACCGGGGCAGCAAUGACUUUAUUUUAUCUGACAAGAAGUCAACCGCAGACCAAAUUCGAGAAAUUGGUCCCUGGUUCAGAAGGAAAUGCAAAAGUAUAUUCCGGAAAAAGAUUCUCUACAAACGAGUUCCGGUCUUGAACUGGUUGCCCCAGUACAAUGCAGACGACGCCGUUGGAGAUCUUGUCGCCGGAUUUACCGUUGGGCUAACGGUGAUUCCUCAAGCUUUGGCUUAUAGCAGUAUUGCUGGACUACCGGCAGCAUACGGUUUGUACGGUUCCUUCAUCGGCUGUUUUGUGUACAUCUUCCUCGGUUCGUGCAAAGAUGUCCCGAUGGGCCCAACCGCUAUCGCCUCCCUACUAACCUUCCAAGUAUGCGACGGUAUUUGGGAACGAGCCGUUCUGCUCUGCUUCCUGACGGGUUUGAUCGAACUACUUAUGGGUCUUUUCGGUUUGGGAUUUCUCAUAGACUUCGUAUCAGGACCGGUAAGCUCCGGAUUCACAUCCGCUGCUGCUUUAAUUAUUCUCAGUUCGCAAGUUAAAGAUUUGCUCGGAAUUUCUGCUAAAGGAAACACGUUUAUACAACAAUGGGAAGCCAUUUUGAAUGAUAUUCACAACACACGGCUCGGGGAUGCCGUAAUGGGAUUCACAUGCAUUGUUAUUCUGUUGCUGAUGAGAUUGUUGCCCAGGAUUCGCUUGGGACCAAAGGAAGUAGAAGAACAGACACUACCUCAAAAGAUAGUCAAUAAAACACUCUGGCUAGUUGGAACCGCUCGGAAUGCUAUAAUUGUCAUCGUUUGCGGUUCUAUCGGGUUUGCUCUGAACAACAGUGGAGGGGCACCUUUCAAGAUGAUAGGCGACGUGCCAAAAGGGUUGCCUACAGUUCAAUUACCGCCUUUUUCAGUACCAGAGAUCGUCGAUGAGAAAGGAGAGGUUAUUCAGGCAUACGAAAGCUUCGGAGAUAUGUUGAGUAACCUUGGAUCAAUGUUGGUAGUCAUCCCAUUGAUUGCACUGUUGGAGGAUAUUGCUAUUUGCAAAGCGUUUGCUAAUGGUAAAUCGGUUGACGCCACUCAGGAACUGAUAGCCAUCGGCACUUCCAACGUUGCUAACUCAUUCUUUCAAGCAUAUCCCGGAACUGGCGCAUUAUCUCGAGGUGCGGUAAACAACGCUAGUGGGGUACGAACUCCUUUCGGCGGCAUCUACACGGGCGUUCUGGUGAUUCUAGCGUUACUCUUUUUUACGCCAUAUUUCUUUUAUAUCCCGAAAGCAGCUCUGGCUGCCAUCAUCAUUGCCGCCGUAAUUUUCAUGGUAGAAGUGCGCGUUGUCAAACCCAUGUGGAGAAGCAAAAAAGCAGAUUUGAUUCCAGGAAUUGCGGCGUUCAUUGCCUGUUUAGCACUACCUCUCGAAAUCGGUAUUUUAGUUGGUAUAGGGCUGAACGUUGUGUUCAUUCUUUAUCAUGCCGCUCGUCCAAAGAUCCACCUUGAUCAAAUGAUUACACCUUGUGGAAUCAAAUACCUUAUGUUGACACCGGAUCGUAGUCUGAUUUUUCCAUCUUCUGAUUUCGUGCGGAACUUAAUCAAUAAACAUGGAAUGAAAAAUCAAACUCCGGUGGUGAUCGACUGCACUCACAUCUACGGUGCGGACUUUACCGCCGCUCAAGUCAUCGAUACGCUAAUUAAAGACUUCAAGAGUCGAAAUCAGAUGUUACUCUUCCUCAAUCUAAAACCAUCCGUUUGUGGAGUGUUCGAAGGUGCUGAUCUCGAGUACCGUGUCUUCUAUGACAUUGAGCAACUAGAGAAAGCUAUCCAGGAGAUUCGGCGAAAAAGCUUUCAAGCAUAGAACUCUGCUACACUAGAUAUCAAUUUAACGGUGACGAAAGACAAACUAUCACGGCUAAUAGUGCCGCUGGAUAUCAACUAACGUAUACGAUAGUCAGUAAGUGUGAACUAUACGAGAAAUACCUGCGAGAGAUAACUUUCCACAAUCUAUAAUAAAUAUAAUUUAAACCAAAUAGUUUAGAUAGAUAGUUUAUGCGUUUAAUGCUGAAAUGAAGCUAUCAUCUUGCUGGUGAUCCCUCUCGUUGCAAAUCAAUUGGGCUGGACCGAGUUGCGAGGGAGCCGACUGUUUGAAACUUGUUAUUGUACCAGUCGGUCUCAAUAACCGACCCGGCGUUAUUUGCUAUGGUAUUACAUAAAACCCACUUAAAAGACGAUUUGCAAAAUGUUUUGUUAUAUUCUGUAUAAAAUUUAUGCACUAAGGUUCGUAAGUUAACCUAGUACGAAAUAAUAUAGUUACUUUAUUUUAAAGUUGAUAAAUCGAAA